CCACGCCGACAAAAGCAAAUCUCAUUUAGUUUCAUAGCUGCUGGCAAAAGAAAAGGGCAAAUAAAUUGUUAUUAAAAAUUGUUAUGCGAGUGAAAAUAACUGAGAGCCAAUAGCCUCGCGACAGGAGGCUUUUCCUCGUGUGUGUGUGCGCGUGUGCCCAUGCGACUGGGUGCCCCUGUGUGCGUGUGUUUACCUGGGUUUUCCAACCAAAAAAAAAGGGGUACAAAAACGGAAAGUAAAAAGUAAACUGGAAAAGUCGACAAAGUCUGCCUGCGUGCCAUUUUUUUAAUUUCGUUGCGUUUGGAAAAUCUAGAGACGACGCGAUGGCCUCCACCAGCAAUCUGGUGGAUGUGGUGCGCCACUACCAGCGCAGCAUUGACAAGCACGACGAGGACGAACAGCGGCUGCUGCACUGCAUCACCAAGCUGUUCAACCUGCCCAUAAAAUUCGAGCACCUGCAGGAAACUGGAAUUGGCAAGACGGUGAAUGCCCUGCGCAAGUUCAACGGGGAGGUGGGCGUGGCGGCCAAGACGCUGGUGUCCAAGUGGAAGGCCAUGGUGGCCGCCGAGGAAGAGCCCGCGGUCGCCGCCACUCCCGCAGCCAGCCACAACGAAGAGGAUUCGGGCAAGUCCAAGUCCAGCGACGAGGAUCCAGAACAGGAGAACAAAGGCAGCAACUCAUCCAGCGGCGAGGAUCUGCACUCCAGCACACACAAGUCAAAGCAUGCCAAGAGUUCCAAGCACGAGCGCAGCGGCAGCAGCAAAAGUCACUCCAAGAGCAAGUCAGAUUCGGAUAAGAAACACAAAAGCAGUCGUCACGACAAGUCCAAGGACAGGGACAAGGACAAGGAUAAGGAGAGUCACAAGGAGGCCAAAGAGCACCGAGAAAAGAAGUCGAAUGGCGAGCACAAGUCAAAGGAUUCCAGCAAAUCCAGCAGCAGUCACAAGAGCAGCAAACCUGAGGGCCACAAGAGCGAGCACAGCAAAAGCAAGCACGAAAAGGACAAGUCUUCGCACAGCGAGUCGAAGCCAGCCAAAGACAAGUCAAGCAAACACAAGUCAUCAUCUUCCUCCAAGUCAUCCAAGCGCUCCCACAGUCCCCAACGAACCGAGGAGGAUGCCCAAAAGGCCAAGAUACCAAAAAUUAAAUCGAAGUCCGAAGAAAACUCCGCCGACGGUUUCGACUCAAGCAUGGGCGCCAACUUUGACGAUGUUCUCGGCCUACUCAACAUGCCCAUGAGCAGCAAGAAGAGCAGCAGCGGCAGCAAGAGCAAGUUCCCCUCUAAGCCGGCAACAGCCCCAUCCUCGGCAGCUUUAUCAAACCCCACGGCUUCCGGAUCAUCCAGGGAGGCCUUCUCCACCAGCAGUCGACCGACCACCACCAAAAAACCCGAGCUACUAGCAUCCACAGCCAAGCUAGAGCCCCUGGACCCGAAUAUUGCUCUGGAACUGCCCACCAUUUCCAACAACUACAAGCCCUUGCCGUUAAAUCAGACAGUGAUGGAUGUGGUCUUUAAUCAGGGUGGCUCACAGAAGGCCCAAGCAUCACGUUACUUUAACGAGUCGGAAGCCCUAGCCCAGGGCAUCUCCUCCAAAACUAUGCGCACGAAGAUCUAUUCAGGUGUGAGAACUGGUCAAAUCCUGCAGGUCCCCUCGCUCUUCGACCUGUGCACGCGUGUACUGCAAAAGAACAUUGAUGCAUUGGAGUACACUGGUGGCGUGCCCUUCGAGGUCCUACGACCUGUCCUCGAACGCGCUACUCCUCAGCAGCUUCUAAACUUCGAGGAGUACAAUCCCUAUUUGAUGGACGACAGCGAUGUCCUUUGGCAGCUGCAUGUCCAGCGUCACUGUCGCAGUCAGCGGCGCGAGGAGAUGGAAACGUGGCGCGAGAUGUUCCUGCGUUGCCAAGAGGAAAAGGAUCGCAAACUCAGCAUCCUGGCCGAGAGCAUCAAGGCAUCGCAGAAGAUCAGCGAGGCACCCGUGCGCAAGACUCAACUGGCCUUUGUGGACUCGAUGGUGAAGCCGCCACGCAGUGUGCAGCGCAAGCAAGAGCAAUAUGGCACCAAGGGCAAGCUCAUUGCCACUCCGGCCGCCCGGGUGGCCGCCUUGUCUAGCGUGACUCCGAAUGCCGCCAAGGUGGGCGACGCCCGGCUGCGUGUGCUGGCCGCCACCCGCGACACGGCCCAAGUGGGUGCUGGUCCAGGGCGAUCGAAGAAGGCACCAUUGAUGGCUAAGACCUUGCAAUUCAUGCGCGGACGUCACAAACGAUAGAGGCGUUUACUCGUUAUAGUUAAAAUCCUAUACUCAAUUUGUUCAGCGACAACUUAAGCAGCAGCAGAAGCAGCAACCUCGAACUAUAAGGCGUUCACAGUAGGAUUACCUGCAAACUUUCGGUUCUGAAAAACGAGACACUGUGAUACUUAACCUUUUGUUGCCCAGUGCGCCGCGAAUUCGACUGCUGCUGCUGUCUACAUGCGUACCACAUGCAUGCUAUUUAUUAUUUAUUCAUGUUCUGCCCCCACAUUCAUUAUACUGUACUAAUAGUAACUAAGUGUAAGCCAACCGGAUAACGAUUGAAAGUCGAAUAAGCUAAGGUUUUUGUUGCAUCUGCUGGGUCGCCGAGAAGCUCAGACAAAUGAGACAUAAAAUUUGAUUAUUUUCAGGUUAAUAAUUCUUCGUUUCAUUUAGUGCAUGUAACUUAAGGUCAGAAGACUGCUGAUCGCUCCAAUUUAAAAUAAGUUCAAUGUUCUUUGUCCCAGAGGGCUGUGCGAAUGUCCAAAAUCAUAGAGGUUCCAAGCAAAUCAAUUGUAUAUAAAUGUAUGUUACACGAAAACUUAAACCCAAUCCUAUAUCGAAA